AUGGGCCCAUCAAAGCAGAUGCUAGAGUGGCCGCCGGAAGAUCAAGAUGAGACAGAUCGCAUUCAAUUGCUGGGUCAGCUAGCAUUCGAUCUAACGGACGCAAUCGGCCGGGAUGGAUGGUGUUGCAUUCACAUGAACGAUGAUGCCUUGGUGCGGGAUGCUGCCAUCUCUGAAGCCAGGGCACUUUCCAACUUCGCAAGUCCACGUGCCGAGCUGAUGUCGGACUACUUUGGAGAGGAUGGCACUGGCAAAAUGGCGACCUUCCAAGACUCUGCCAGGAACAGUGAUGCUGCCUGGGCAUUGUCAGAGUUAGAUGCCGAGCUGACGGCUUUGUGCAAAGUCCUAGCACCGCUGUCGACUCAAGCGCUGGGCUUCACUUGCGCCGGGCGGCGAAAAGGCAUGGUUUGGAUGCCAUUUGCAGACUCUGAGGAGUCCAGCAGGCUCCGUCCGCAGCCUCUGACUGAAGAGGAUGCGGAUGCGGGUGUCCUGGACAAUCAUUUACAGUUUAUACAGAGAAGAAGGUUGUGCUUCAUGCGCUGGAUUGCCAACGAUGGCGGUGUGCUGGAGCUCCUGCCACGCCCAGAUCAAAGUGCAUAUAAGGCAAUGACACUUCCAAUUGUGCAAAAUCGCUUGCUGGUGUUUCGGAGCGAUUUGUUCAGCUUCUCUUACAAGCCAAUUGGAAAGGAUUCUGUGGCACUAAUGACAUGGAUUCUUGACACCGGGUCACAGGCUGAGAGACAAACUGCAAAAGGUUUCUUUGGCGUGGAUGAUGCACUGCAACAUUCUGAAGCUCUCGGGAUAUUCGUGGGACCUCCUAUGCCCACAGGUUAUAGAAUGCACAUCAUGGCCAUGCAUGCCCACGUGCCGGGCGGAGCGCAAGACUUGGACGGUUUUGAAUGUAUGCUGACAUCUGGCGUUGACGGUUUCAUUCACAUUCCGGCUACAAGGUUUGACACUGAGAUUUAUUGCUGUCCAGAAGGCGAAAAGCUUCCUGGCCAAAGUUAUGUGAGGCAUGCGGCCAUGAUGUCCGACCAGGAGAUCACCUGCUUCGACAACAAUUUCUUCGGAAUUCGAGAAGAUGAAGUUAAAAUGAUGGCGCCGAACCAGCGGCUCAUACUGGAGGAUGGUUAUGCGUGUCUGCGGAAAGCUGGAUUUGAUCGCAAAUCGCUUGUGGGUCGCAGCACAGCGGCCUUCCUGGGUGAUACCGGCUGCGAUUGGGAUCCCUUCUGGCAGAUCAAGGUUCUUGAGAAUCCUCUGAAUCCUGGCCGUCCCGUUCCGUGGGGAAACUGCGAGGGCAAUCAUCUGACCUACGGUGGAGUGUCCAAGGCGGUGUCUGCAGGAAGGCUGUCGCACAUUUUUGGACUGCGCGGCGGCUCCACAAAUAUCGACACAGCUUGUUCUGCCUCGCUGGUCGGUGUCUCCACCGCAGUGCAGGCCAUGAGGAGGGCUGGCGGUGGACAGGUCAAGGCGGUCGCGGACAAGCACAACUUGGAUGCUUUGUGCAUGGGCAUCAACAUGCUCACGAGCCCUUAUGCAUUCAUCGGUCUCUGUGGCCCAUCUAUGCUGGCGGCCAAGGGCAGGUGCUUCACCUUCGAUGUUAGUGCAGAGGGUUAUGCACGAGGAGACGGAUUCGGAGCUGUUUACAUCAAGCCGAGCGACAAUGAUGAGGACUACCUCAAGCAGCUUUGCUGUUUGAUGGGCGCCUACGUCAAUCAAGAUGGUCGAAGUGCGACGCUGACAGCUCCAAACGGGAUGGCGCAGCAAGCCUGCAUCCGCGAGUCCAUGCGAGAGGCCAUGGUUGCUGCCAGUCAGAUCACCAUUGCAGAGUGCCAUGGCACCGGAACAGCCUUGGGAGAUCCGAUUGAAGUUGGUGCCCUGAGAGGGGUCAUGGAACCUCGAGACACGCCGUUGCUCACCACAAGUGCAAAGUCCAAUAUUGGACAUACAGAAGCAUGCGCAGGAAUGAUCGGGCUUAUCAAGUGUGUCAGCAUGGUGUCACGGUCAACCGCGGACCCCAACUGCCACCUCAACUCACUGAACCCGCACUUGGAUGUGGAAGGUUUUCCGUCUGUCUUUGAGACAGAAUCCGUUGAGACCCGCCUCAACAGCAACUACGCCGGAGUGUCCUCCUUUGGCUUCAGCGGGACGAAUGCUCGUGCAGACGUGUGGAGCCAGUGCAAGUCAGGUCCCAGGAAGGCCAGUUCCCAGUUGGACAUUUCCAAGGCGGAUCAAGUGCAUAUGCGCUGCCCUGUCACGCUCGGCCUCAUCGAAGCAAGAACUGGCGAACCGGUCACAGAAUCCUUCAAGAAGCGCAGAGGAUACAAGGCGGAUGUCCUUCGUGAUGAAUGGGCUCCCUACGAUAUCUCGUCGCAGGUGUACACAGGAGGCUUCCGCUUCCGUCGUGCUACACUGCAGGAGGAGGGCUUGGACUUGGACUUGGAAUCGUCUGAACUCUACAUCGUCGGAUCCUGGAGCGGGUGGACGAAGAUGGAGCGAAUGGAGCGGAAGGGCUCGGGACGCUUCGUGGCACCAGUGAUUCUGGGUGAAGCCCGGUACGAGAUGUUCCGACUCUGCAUAGACAUGGACAGGUCCAUGGAGAUCUAUCCCAUCAUCAAGGAUGCUUCUAGCAAAAUCUGGAUCGAGGGUCCAGAUGCGAAGAGCGGCGGUCGCUACUGGCUGAUCGACGGGCGCGAGCAGGAAAUGCCGAGCGGGACGCUCUGCGAGGUUGACUUCCAGUGGCACCCAGAGAUCAAAAGUAUCUCCUGGAAGCAGGUUGGUGCUGCCAUCGACGACAGCUUGGCCGAGCCGUUCCUGCACAGCUACAGCUUGAUUGGAAGCUUUACAUCCGGGCAGUUUCAGGAGAUGCAAAGCGUUCACAGCGGCAUGUGGGAGGGUGGCUUCCGUCUGGGAGUCUCUGGCGAGGAAGAUUUCCAAAUUGCCAGAGAUGGUGAUUCCAACCAGAUGAUCUACCCGGCAAAGAACGGAGCUUGUAGGACCACAGUUCCCGUUCGUGGGCCGGACAGCCUGGGACACGGCAAGUUCUGGCGCAUUCAUGGAAUGCCCAACGAAGACAUGAAAGUGAUUUUGGAGGUGGUCGAGGGACAUGUGAAGAUGACUGUGGCAUCGGAGAUCAGAGGCGACAAGACAUGGGAAAGCGAGGAUUCUUGGUCGCGCCAUAGCUACUUCGCCUAUGCCUCUUGGAGUGGCUGGGUCCCAGUGCAAAUGGUGGCGGAUCCGUCUGAGCCUGGAGUUUUCAGAGCCUAUGGUCGAAUGCGGGGGACAUUCUCUCCACAGUACAAUGCCUUCGUGGAGCAGUUCUAUGUAAUCAUCGAUGAGGAUUUCAAUCAGUCAUUGUAUCCUGAGUUGGGAAAUGCCCAGCCCUUUGAAUUUAUAGUUGAGGGGCCCGGUUCUAAUCGAUCGGCGGCAUGCUGGCUCAUUCGGAGCUCGAAGCCGGACUCGAGGUUUGAAGUCGUUGUGGACUUAACAGCAGAUGAUCGACGGCGAAGAGUUUUCUGGACAUGGUUCGAGGAUGCACGCUUCUUAGAGUCUUAG